AUGGUGACGUUGGUGGCAGACGCGAUUGAAGCGCUCAAACGUGGAGAUGCGUCUCCUCUUGCAGAUGUUUUAGCUCAACGUAAAGCGCAGCGUCAGAAGCCAGUUCAUAACAAGCGCAAGAAGAGCGAGGAAGAAGUCGAGGUAGAGACUGAGGCCAAUGUGGAUAAUGAAGUGCGUGCGUUGACUCAGACACAAUUGAGCGACUUUUAUCCUGCAGCCGUGCAGCUUGUGGCUCCAAGUGAAGAUGAAUACGAGGAGGCACGACGUAUGAAAGCAAGAGAAUAUAUUGCAGAGUUCACGGCGCUUCUCGUCGAGACAAAAGAUGUGUCCAUUGACAAGGAAGAAGUGUUUGCAGUAGCACAAGAACUUCAUGAUCAGCUCUUGAGACUGAGAGGAGAGUUGGAUCAAGUAUUGACAACGCAGGAAGCUAUUUCGCUGCUGUGUGAAGCGUGCUGGAAACAUAAUUUUUGUGGACGAGCGCAUUCGCUUGUGACCCAAUUACUUCCGUACUUGAUUGUACGCAGCUACGAGUCUCCAGCAAGUGGACGUUUUAAUUCAAAGAAACAUCCAAUUCGAAGACUUUUUGCAAUUAAAGAAGCACUCCCGUUACUGGAUUUUGACGAUGAGAGCAGCGGAUUGUUACGAGAUAUUCUACUACGAUGUUUGAUCCAGCCCGCAUUUUUUAAAUCGCCCGAUGCUGUUUCAUUCUUGAGCUUUUUGUUUACUCUACAUGUGCCAUUUGUCGAGGAUCUCAAUGAGACGAUUAGAAAUCAGAUUCCUAAUCAACGCAACUCAAUUCUUGUCAAGUAUGGCAGCAUUUACUUCAAGGCCUGGGUUAGUAGCAAGGGAGCUUUUCGAGUAAAAAUUGAGGAAGAGUGCAUUCAGCGAUACGUUCGUGAUGCAGUUCAUGCAAGCAGCUCGUCGCUGUUCAAUGCCGUUCGUACAGUGUUGCAGAUCUUUUUUGAAAACAAACGACACCCUGGUGUUGACGAAAUGCUGUAUCGCAUAUGCAGUCCCAUUCUCUGGCGCGGUGUAAAGGCACCUAAUGAUUCAGUUCGACGCCAAGCAACUAUUUUGUUGUUCGACAACUUCCCCCUGCGUGAUCCAGCAUUUAACAACGAAAUGAUGGACGUAACUCUCCAGAAGCAAUUUGACACGUUCGAAGAGCUGCUAGGUGAUUCUCACCCAGCGUUGCGAGUUGCAGCAAUUGAAGGUGUGUCUAAGGUGCUGUCCGUGUACUGGGAGCUACUUCCUGCUGAGACGAUCCGGUGUUUUAUUUCGAAGCUUGUAGUGGACCUUGUCAACGACGCGUCCUCGAGCACUGUUCGUGCAGCAGUGUUUGAAGGUGUUCAAUUCAUCUUGGACAACCAUAACUCCCACUCUAUUCUGAAGCCACUGCUGCCCAUGCUGGCACCUUUAAUCAAUGAUCGAAACGAAAAAGUCCGUGCUGAGUUUUGCGCUCUGCUGGUCCGAAUCAAGAGCAUUCGGAACAUGCACUUCUACGACGUUGUUCCAGUGAAUGAUUUGCUUUGUCGUAUGGUUCUGGACCGCGAUCGUCCUCUCGCGUGUAAGCAACUUGUGUCCCUCUUCUUGAAUUCGUAUUUUCCUCAAAGUGUAGGCGGGUCCUCGCAAGUUGCUCGGUGCCUUGCUCUUGUGCGAAAGAAUCCAGAGGCUGCAAUGGUUUUUUAUGCCAACGUAGCUGAGCAUGUGUCAGCCGGAUCAGUUUGUAAGCUGGCUGCCCUCAUGCUUCGCUGCUCAUUAAACUUUGUGUCGCGGCGUUUGAAGCAGCCACAAGAAUUUGAGGAUGAUGACGGCGACAACGAUGAGGAGGAAGAGGAAAGUUUUAGCGUGGUCGGCCAGGUUGUCGUGUUGGAGGUUAUCGGCAAUCUUCUAAAGAGUGUGCGUGUUAAGGUUAUGAGUGACGCUCGCUACUCUGAGUGCAAGGGCUUCCUGCGUGAGCAGCUGAAGGUUGAGUCGCUCGAAGCAUUACUUCUUGCUUACAGCGAAGACCGCACGUAUGAUCAGGAAGCUCUCAGUUCAAUCUGGAGAAUUAUAGGUUACCUAGGCGAUUUGUCCGAGCCCGUCUUACUGAAACGUUUGAUGGAAAGUCUCAUGAAGAUGAACGAGACUUCAAACAGAAAGCUAUUGGAAUCGAUGGUUGAUUCCAUGGUACAAUGGGAGCAGCUCCCUCUCUUGGUAUCAAAGUUGGCAAAGUUCCUUAAACAAUGGAAGAAGAACAAAUUUAGCUCCGGCACGGCCGACUCGAAGCGAAAGAAGACAGCGGCUGCGCUAAACCCGAUCGUAGCACUCGGCGCAAUUGAGUAUAUUAGUCAACUGUCGACUGUGAAAAGCCUUGAUACUUUGAUGCAGCCUAUAGUAGAGAUGCUCCAGCAAUGUAUCGAACCAAUUCUCGAGUUUGACGCGGAGGAAAUUAUAGAAGCGUAUAAGGCGAACUCGUUCAGUUUUGUGCGCUUAGUGGAAGUAUACGCAAAGGUUUUGGUAAUGAUCGAAUGCGCGCACGUCAAUGACGCAACAUCGCUGCUAGCAGUGAAGUCAUCGAAGCGGUUGAAGAAGGAAGAUCUCCGUGAUCUACAACCAUCGCAAAUUUUCACACCGCCAAAGUCGCUACGCCCGCUUUUUGCCUGGCUCGCUCGCCUCACGCUUGACUUGCGCAAGGAGGUGGAGGCGACAGAGCAGAAGACGACUUACGGAAAGAAGCGCCGACGAGGCAAAAAUAUUGAGACGGACUUGCUUUCUUCUCAAAAGGAACUCUUGAGCCGUUGGCGCAAUUUGUUCUCCCUUGUGUCCCUAUUGUCGGCCGAGUGCGUUGCAUUUGCUCUCGAGCGAACACAUUGGCUACAAAAUGGCCCUGUCACCGACUUCAUUGAGGCAUAUGUGGAUACACUGUGCAAUACACUCAAGGACAUGGAGUUUUUCGAGCGCACAGCAUUCUAUCAAGCUGGCCAGCUCGUUCAUUUGCUUGGAAGUGCCAGAGUCAAGGCCAUUAAAUCCACGCGUGCUCAAGCAACCAAUCUUGUUUCUUGUCUUGAGCGCUGGGUUAGCACGCUACAGCAAGCAUUGGAAAGCGUGCACGAGAAGGAGCGAGAUAAGUCUGACGAUCUGUGGCCAGCUGUCAGUGCCUCCUUUGGCGAGUGUUGCGUUGUGGGGUCACCUGCUUCACAGACAGUAGCAUAA